GGAGGUAUGCGCCAGUUUCCAGAAGUGGAUCCCCUUCCUUGCUGGAGCACAGCAGCGCAUAUAUCACCCGGUGGCAGCAGUCCACCUUCCCUGAAGUUUCGUAACCGCUUACGAGGGUAAAUUGAGAGUUGGGAACAGCCCUCUAUUAAGUAGCAGAUUGAGAAGAGGCUCUUCCCACUUGGAGAAGGCAAGUCUUCCCAGACAGACCCCUCGCAUCGGGAGCUACAGUAACCGAGACGCCUCCUCUGCGCUCACUGUUGCCGCUGCUGCUGCUCCUCAUUCGCCGCUGCUGCUACUCGCUGCUCCCUCCACAAGAUUCAUUCAUGUUGUUGUGAUCUGAAAGGGCAGAAAUGAAGACAGCGCUGUGCUCGGCAGUCGCUGCUCUGUGUGCAGCCACCCUCCUCUCCUCCAUCGAGGCUGAAGUUAACCCACCAUCAGACUUGAAUUUUACAAUUAUAGAUGAACAUAAUGUUCAAAUGUCAUGGAAAAGGCCACCAGAUGCAAUAGUGGGUUACAGAAUAACUGUGGUUCCAACAAAUGAUGGACCUACUAAAGAAUUUACUCUUUCACCUAGCACUACCCAAACUGUCAUAUCAGAUCUUAUACCUGAUGUAGAGUAUAUUGUGUCAAUAGCUUCAUAUGACGACAGAGAGGAGAGUCUGCCUGUUUUUGGCCAGCUGACAAUUCAGACAGGCGGCCCAGGGAUACCAGAGGAAAAGAAGGUUGAGGCUCAAUUACAAAGAUGCUCCAUAAGUGCAAUGACAGAUUUAGUUUUCCUGGUGGAUGGUUCAUGGAGUGUAGGAAGAAAUAACUUCGGAUAUAUUCUGGACUUCAUGGUUGCCCUUGUAUCAGCUUUUGACAUUGGGGAAGAAAAGACGAGAGUUGGAGUUGUUCAGUAUAGUUCAGAUACAAGAACAGAGUUCAAUUUAAAUCAGUAUUUCAGAAGAAGUGAUCUUAUUGAUGCAAUUAAAAGGAUACCUUACAAAGGUGGCAACACAAUGACAGGUGAGGCUAUUGAUUACCUUGUUCAAAACACCUUCACUGAGUCUGCUGGAGCAAGAAAAGGCUUUCCCAAAGUAGCCAUUGUCAUUACUGAUGGAAAAGCUCAAGAUGAUGUAGAAAUUCCUGCAAGGGAGCUUCGCAACAUAGGAGUUGAAGUUUUUUCCUUGGGUAUCAAAGCAGCAGAUGCAAAGGAACUCAAGCUAAUUGCCUCUCAGCCGUCACUGAAGCAUGUGUUCAAUGUGGCUAAUUUUGAUGGAAUUGUGGAUAUACAGAAUGAAAUUAUCUUGCAAGUGUGCUCCGGUGUUGACGAACAACUAGGUGAACUGGUUAGUGGAGAAGAAGUGGUGGAGCCUCCUUCAAAUCUGGUGGCAACUCAAGUCUCCUCAAAAUCUGUUAGAAUCACUUGGGAUCCAUCCACAAGCCAAAUAACUGGUUAUCGUCUGCAGUUCAUUCCAAUGAUAGCUGGGGGAAAACAACAUGUACUGAGUGUGGGUCCUCAGACAACUGCUCUGAAUGUUAAAGAUCUCUCUCCAGACACAGAGUAUCAAAUUAAUGUUUAUGCAAUGAAAGGACUGACCCCCAGUGAGCCAAUAACGAUAAUGGAAAAAACACAACAAGUAAAAGUUCAAGUGGAAUGCUCACGUGGUGUGGAUGUAAAAGCUGAUGUUGUGUUUUUAGUGGAUGGUUCCUACAGCAUUGGUAUCGCCAAUUUUGUAAAAGUAAGAGCCUUUUUGGAAGUGUUAGUUAAAAGCUUUGAGAUAUCACCUCGAAAAGUACAGAUAAGUCUUGUCCAGUACAGCAGAGAUCCCCAUAUGGAGUUUUCUUUGAACAGAUACAACAGAGUGGAAGACAUAAUUCAGGCUAUUAACACCUUCCCCUACAGAGGUGGAUCUACCAACACAGGCAAAGCAAUGACAUACGUGAGGGAGAAGGUAUUUGUUACCAGCAAAGGAUCAAGACCAAAUGUGCCAAGAGUAAUGAUUCUUAUCACUGAUGGAAAAUCAUCAGAUGCCUUUAAAGAACCUGCAAUUAAGCUGAGGGAUGCAGAUGUAGAGAUAUUUGCGGUUGGUGUGAAGGAUGCAGUGCGUACGGAGUUGGAAGCUAUCGCGUCGCCUCCUGCGGACACCCAUGUUUACACAGUGGAAGAUUUUGAUGCUUUUCAAAGAAUAUCAUUUGAACUUACACAGUCUGUCUGCCUACGAAUUGAGCAAGAGCUGGCUGCUAUAAGGAGAAAAUCUUACGUACCUGCAAAGAACAUGGUCUUUUCUGACUUAACAUCAGAGAGUUUCAAAGUGAGCUGGUCUCCAGCUGGACCUGAGGUUUUGUCCUAUCUCAUUAAAUAUAAAGUAGCAGUUGGUGGAGAUGAAUUUAUUGUUUCUGUGCCAGCUUCAAGUACUAGCUCAGUUCUCACCAACUUGCUACCUGAAACUACUUACGCAGUCAGUGUGAUUUCUGAAUAUGAAGAUGGUGAUGGCCCACCCCUGGAUGGAGAGGAAACCACCUUAGAAGUUAAAGGUGCUCCUCGAAACUUAAGGAUUACAGAUGAAACUACGGAUAGCUUUGUAGUUGGCUGGACUCCAGCUCCAGGAAAUGUCCUACGGUACAGGCUUGUUUAUAAACCACUUUCUGGAGGAGAAAGGAGACAAGUGACUGUCUCAGCAAAUGAUAGGUCAACUACUCUGCAGAAUUUGAUCCAAGAUACAAGAUAUGAAGUCUCUGUUGUUCCUGAGUAUCAGUCUGGGCCUGGGAAUUCAUUGAAUGGAUAUGCAAAAACUGAUGAAGUCCGAGGAAAUCCAAGGGAUUUGAGAGUUUCUGAUGCUACAACAUCAACAAUGAAGCUGUCUUGGGGUGCCGCUCCUGGCAAAGUGCAGCAGUACUUUAUAACAUACACUCCAGUCGCAGGAGGUGAAACAAAGGAAGUGACUGUGAAAGGUGACACUACCUCUAAAGUGCUGAAAGGCUUGGACCAAGCCACUAGGUAUGCACUGACUGUGUCUGCCUUGUAUGCCUCUGGAGCAGGAGAUGCCCUUUCUGGAGAGGGAGAAACACUUGAAGAACGUGGUUCACCACGUAAUUUGGUUACCACAGACAUAACUGACACUACAGUUGGGUUAUCAUGGACACCAGCUCCAGGAACAGUUAACCAUUACAGGAUAAUAUGGAAAUCACAUUAUGAUGAUACCAUGGGAGAGAAGAGAGUCCCAGGAAAUACAAUGGAUGCUGUGAUAGAAGGCUUGGAGCCAGAGACUAAAUACAGGAUUUCGGUAUAUGCAGCCUACAGCAGUGGAGAAGGAGACCCAGUAGAAGGAGAGGCUUUUACUGAUGUGUCACCAAAUGCCAGGACUCUGACAGUAGACAACGAGACAGAAAAUACAAUGAGAGUGACGUGGCAGCCUGCGCCUGGGAAAGUCUUGUCUUACCGUGUGAACUACAGAGCACGCGGCAGAGGAAGGCAAAUGUCUGGAAGAGUGAAUGCUCCGGCUACCAGCAUAGUGCUAAAGCGACUUAAGCCCCGCACUACGUAUGACAUAACUGUUGUUCCAAUUUAUGAUUUUGGACACGGGAAAUCAAGAAAAGGAGAAGGAACAACAGCCUCUCCCUUUAAGCCACCUCGAAAUCUGAGAACUUCAGAUUCAACUAUGUCAAGUUUCCGAGUAACCUGGGAGCCAGCCCCAGGGAGAGUGAAGGGGUACAAAGUAACUUUCCACCCUACUGAAGAUGAUGGGAGCCUUGGAGAAUUAAUAGUGGGGCCAUAUGACAGCACAGUGGUAUUGGAGGAGCUUAGGGCAGGAACUACCUAUAAGGUAAAUGUUUUUGGGAUGUUUGAAGGAGGAGAGAGCAACCCUCUGGUUGGACAAGAGAUGACCACCCUUUCAGAUACUACUACGGAGCCAUUUUUAUCUAGAGGUUUAGAAUGUAGAACCAGAGCAGAAGCUGAUAUUGUGCUGCUGGUGGAUGGCUCAUGGAGUAUCGGGCGGCCAAAUUUUAAAACCAUCAGGAACUUCAUUGCCCGUAUUGUUGAAGUUUUUGAUAUCGGUCCUGACAAAGUACAGAUUGGUCUUGCACAGUAUAGUGGUGAUCCCAGGACAGAAUGGAAUCUCAAUGCUUACCGAACCAAACAGUCUUUGUUAGAGGCUGUAGCCAAUUUACCAUACAAAGGAGGCAAUACUCUAACAGGAAUGGCCUUGGAUUUCAUCUUAAAAAACAACUUCAAACCAGUUGCUGGCUUGAGGCCCAGAGCUCGCAAAAUUGGUGUUCUUAUCACUGAUGGCAAAUCACAAGAUGAUGUAGUUGCCCCUUCAAGAAAACUCAGAGAUGAGGGAGUGGAGCUGUAUGCAAUUGGUAUUAAAAAUGCAGAUGAAAAUGAAUUGAAGCAGAUUGCAACAGAUCCAGAUGACAUCCAUGCUUACAAUGUGGCAGAUUUCUCCUUCCUGGCUACCAUUGUUGAUAAUGUAACUACAAAUCUGUGUAACAGUGUGAAAGGUCCAGGUGAUUUGCCACCUCCUUCAAAUUUAGUUAUUUCAGAAGUGACACCUCGUUCUUUCAGACUGAGAUGGAGCCCACCUCCUGAGAGUGUUGAUAGAUACAGAGUUGAAUAUUAUCCUACCUCUGGAGGUAGCCCUAAACAGUUUUAUGUAAGUAGGAUGGAAAGAACAACAGUUCUGAAAGAUCUGCAGCCUGAAACAGAAUAUGUGGUUAAUGUGUUUUCUGUGGUAGAAGAUGAAAGCAGUGAACCUCUGAUCGGCAGGGAAACAACUUUGCCAAUCUCUUCAGUUAGAAACUUGAAUGUUUAUGACAUUGGAUCAACUUACAUGCGAGUGAGAUGGGAACCUCUCAAUGGAGCUACUGGUUAUUUGUUGACAUAUGAACCUGUGAAUGCUACAGUCCCAGCCACAGAGAAAGAGAUGCGUGUGGGACCAUCAGUGAAUGAGGUGCAGCUGGUAGAUCUCAUCCCCAACACCGAGUACACUUUAACAGCUUACGUAUUGUUUGGUGACAUGCAGAGUGACCCACUCACCACUCAGGAAGUGACGUUACCUUUGCCUGGACCCAGAGGUUUAAGAAUUCAGGAUGUUACUCACAGCACCAUGAAUGUCGUUUGGGAUCCUGCCCCAGGAAAAGUUCGAAAAUACAUCCUAAGAUACAAAAUAGCUGACGAUGCUGAUGUAAAGGAGGUGGAACUUGACAGACUCAAAACCAGCAUUACUCUCUCUGACCUUUCCUCCCAAAAACUGUACAAUGUAAAAGUUGUUGCUGUAUAUGAUGAAGGGGAAUCCAUACCAACAAAUGCAGAAGCUGUCACUCAGCCUGUGCCAGCACCAGUCAAUCUCAGAAUCACAGAUAUAACCACGAAUAGUUUCAGAGGUACUUGGGAUCAUGGAGCUCCAGAUGUCUCUCUAUAUAGAAUAACAUGGGGGCCCUAUGGAAGAGGAGAAAAACAGGAGACUAUCUUAAAUGGGGAAGAGAAUAGUUUGGUCUUUGAAAAUUUGAAUCCAGAUACAUUAUAUGAUGUCUCAGUUACUGCCAUCUAUCCUGAUGAAUCAGAAAGUGAUGAGCUCAUUGGCAGUGAAAGAACAUUACCCUUGAUACCUAUCACUACACAAGCCCCAAAGAGUGGCCCACGAAACCUUCAGGUGUACAAUGCAACUUCACACAGUUUGACUGUCAAAUGGGAUCCUGCCAGUGGUCGAGUGCAGAGAUACAGGAUCAUUUACCAGCCUAUCAGUGGGGAUGGCCCUGAACAGUCGACUACUGUUGGGGGACGACAGAACAGUGUGGUGAUACAGAAGCUGCAGCCUGACACACCAUAUGCAAUUACUGUGUCAUCGAUGUACCCAGACGGUGAGGGGGGAAGAAUGACAGGACGAGGCAGAACCAAACCUCUCACCACUGUGAAGAACUUGCUGGUUUAUGACCCAACCACCAGUACUCUGAAUGUUCGAUGGGAUCAUGCAGAAGGAAGUCCUCGCCAGUACAAAGUGUUUUAUGGACCUACAGCUGGAGGUGCAGAGGAAAUGACCACAGUACCAGGAAAUACAAACUAUGUCAUCCUGAGGACUCUUGAACCCAACACACCUUACACUGUAACUGUGGUUCCAGUUUUCCCAGAGGGGGAUGGUGGACGUACCUCUGACACUGGACGCACCUUGGAGAGAGGAACACCAAGAAACAUUCACGUUUACAAUCCCACACCAAACAGCAUGAAUGUCCGUUGGGAACCUGCUCCAGGUCCAGUACAGCAAUAUAGAAUUAAUUAUGCUCCACUGUCUGGCCCAAGGCCAUCAGAAUCUAUUGUGGUGCCAGGCAACACUCGUGAUGUGAUUCUGGAGCGCUUGACUCCUGACACUGCUUACUCAAUAAAUGUUAUAGCUCUGUAUGCAGAUGGAGAGGGAAAUCCAAGCCAAGCACAGGGAAGAACAUUGCCUCGCAGUGGUCCAAGGAAUGUGAGAGUAUUUGAUGAGACAACAAAUAGCCUUUCUGUACAAUGGGACCAUGCUGAUGGGCCAGUUCAGCAGUACAGAAUCAUUUAUUCACCCACUGUGGGAGACCCUAUUGAUGAAUAUACAACAGUUCCUGGCAUAAGGAAUAAUGUGAUACUACAACCACUACAAUCAGAUACGCCAUAUAAAAUUACUGUUGUUGCUGUGUACGAAGAUGGAGAUGGUGGACAACUGACUGGAAAUGGAAGAACUGUUGGCCUGCUUCCUCCUCAAAAUAUGUAUAUAACUGAUGAAUGGUAUACACGCUUCAGAGUUUCCUGGGAUCCUUCACCAUCCCCUGUUCUUGGGUAUAAAAUUGUAUACAAGCCUGUGGGGUCAAAUGAGCCCAGGGAGUUUUUUGUGGGAGAAGUGACUUCCUACAUUUUGCAUAAUCUGUCUCCCAGUACUACUUAUGAUGUGAAUGUUUAUGCCCAAUAUGAUUCUGGAAUGAGCAUACCUUUGACAGAUCAAGGCACUACAUUAUAUUUGAAUGUCACUGACCUAAAAAGUUACAAAGUGGGUUGGGAUACGCUCUGUAUCCGGUGGUCACCUCAUCGGUCAGCAACAUCCUACAGACUGAAGCUAAACCCAACUGAUGGUUCCAGAGGACAGGAAAUCACAAUUCGUGGGUCAGAAACAAGCCAUUGUUUUACUGGCCUCUCACCAGACACAGAGUACAAUGCUACAGUCUUUGUUCAGACCCCUAACCUUGAGGGACCUCCAGUCUCUAUGAGGGAGCAUACAGUCCUCAAACCUACAGAGGCACCAACUCCACCACCUACACCUCCUCCACCUCCCACAAUCCCUCCAGCUCGGGAUGUAUGCAGAGGUGCCAAAGCAGACAUAGUAUUCUUGACUGAUGCUUCCUGGAGUAUUGGUGAUGAUAAUUUCAACAAAGUAGUGAAAUUUGUGUUUAGUACAGUAGGAGCCUUUGAUUUAAUCAAUCCUGCUGGCAUCCAGGUUUCGUUUGUGCAGUACAGUGAUGAGGCAAAAUCUGAAUUUAAACUGAAUACAUUUGAUGACAAAGCCCAGGCCCUGGGAGCUCUUCAAAACAUUCAGUACAGAGGAGGAAACACAAGGACAGGCAAAGCCCUAACAUUUAUCAAAGAAAAGGUUUUGACUUGGGAGAGUGGCAUGAGGCGAGGUGUUCCCAAGGUACUUGUUGUUGUCACAGAUGGUCGGUCUCAGGAUGAGGUGAGGAAAGCAGCGACAGUCAUACAGCACUCUGGCUUCAGUGUCUUUGUGGUUGGUGUGGCUGAUGUGGAUUACAAUGAACUGGCCAAGAUUGCCAGCAAGCCCAGUGAGCGUCAUGUGUUUAUUGUUGAUGACUUUGAUGCCUUUGAGAAGAUUCAAGAUAACCUUGUCACCUUUGUGUGUGAGACAGCUACCUCAACUUGUCCCCUUAUUUACUUGGAGGGAUACACUUCGCCUGGUUUCAAGAUGCUGGAAUCAUACAAUCUAACAGAGAAGCAUUUUGCUUCUGUACAAGGAGUUUCACUGGAAUCAGGCUCUUUCCCAAGCUAUGUAGCAUAUAGGCUCCACAAAAAUGCCUUUAUCAGCCAGCCAAUACGGGAGAUUCACCCAGAGGGGCUGCCACAGGCCUACACUAUCAUUCUGCUGUUCCGUCUUCUGCCUGAAUCCCCCAACGAGCCUUUUGCAAUUUGGCAGAUUACAGACAGAGAUUACAAACCACAAGUUGGAGUUGUGCUUGAUCCUGCCAGCAAAGUGCUGUCAUUCUUUAACAAGGAUGCAAGAGGAGAGGUUCAAACCGUAACUUUUGAUAAUGAUGAUGUAAAGAAAAUCUUUUAUGGAAGCUUCCAUAAGGUCCAUAUUGUUGUUACUUCAUCAAAUGUUAAAAUUUACAUUGACUGCAGUGAAAUAAUGGAAAAACCAAUUAAGGAGGCUGGCAAUAUCACAACUGAUGGCUAUGAAAUACUAGGGAAGCUUCUAAAAGGCGACCGAAGAUCAGCAACAUUAGAAAUCCAGAAUUUUGACAUUGUAUGCAGUCCAGUUUGGACUAGCAGAGACAGAUGCUGUGAUCUCCCUUCUAUGAGAGAUGAAGCAAAGUGCCCAGCUCUUCCAAAUGCUUGUACCUGUACUCAGGACAGUGUGGGACCUCCAGGACCUCCUGGACCAGCUGGUGGCCCAGGCGCUAAAGGUCCCAGAGGUGAAAGGGGUUUGACUGGAUCAUCUGGACCUCCUGGUCCUCGUGGUGAGACAGGUCCUCCGGGCCCUCAAGGUCCCCCAGGCCCACAGGGUCCCAAUGGGCUGUCAAUCCCAGGAGAACCGGGUCGUCAAGGAAUGAAAGGGGAUGCUGGCCAGCCUGGACUCCCAGGGCGAUCGGGAACACCAGGUUUACCUGGUCCGCCUGGACCAGUGGGACCUCCAGGAGAAAGGGGUUUCACAGGAAAAGAUGGUCCCACAGGUCCCAGAGGCCCACCAGGACCAGCGGGUGCUCCUGGAGUUCCAGGAGUUGCUGGCCCAAGUGGAAAACCAGGGAAACCAGGAGAUCGUGGGACACCAGGUACACCUGGAAUGAAGGGAGAAAAAGGUGACAGAGGUGAUAUUGCUUCUCAGAACAUGAUGCGAGCAGUUGCAAGACAAGUUUGUGAACAACUGAUAAAUGGUCAAAUGAGCCGGUUCAAUCAAAUGCUGAAUCAAAUCCCGAAUGAUUAUUAUUCAAACCGAAACCAGCCAGGGCCACCAGGUCCACCAGGUCCCCCAGGAGCUGCUGGGACAAGAGGAGAACCUGGACCUGGAGGAAGACCAGGAUUCCCAGGACCUCCUGGGGUUCAAGGACCACCUGGUGAAAGAGGAAUCCCUGGAGAGAAAGGUGAAAGAGGGACUGGAUCCCAAGGACCACGAGGUUUGCCAGGACCACCCGGUCCACAAGGAGAAUCUAGAACUGGUCCACCAGGCUCCACAGGAUCACGAGGACCACCAGGGCCACCAGGCCGUCCUGGAAAUGCGGGCAUUCGGGGUCCCCCAGGGCCACCAGGAUAUUGUGAUUCAUCCCAGUGUGCUAGCAUCCCUUACAAUGGCCAAGGAUUCCCAGAACCAUACGUGCCUGAAAGUGGACCCUAUCAGCCUGAAGGUGAACCCUUUAUAGUACCUAUGGAGUCAGAAAGGAGAGAGGACGAGUAUGAGGACUAUGGAGUUGAAAUGCACUCACCAGAAUACCCUGAGCACAUGCGCUGGAAAAGAUCACUGUCAAGAAAUGCAAAAACAAAACCGUAAAAGAUCUGUGUGUCUUGUUUUGGGUUUUUUUUGGUUGGUGGGUUUUUUUGGCUGUUUUUUUGCUGUGCUUGCAUUUGCAGAUACACACAGGGAGAGUGCAUCGUUCCUUUUGCAAUAUGGCUUUCUGGUCUUUUCAUAUCAGACACACCCCUGUUUUGUAUCUCGCUUAUGUGGGGAUAGCAAUGUGUGUACCCAAACACUUCAUGUUGCUCUGGAAAUGCUUGUAAAAUACUGUUGCUUAUAGUGGUUGCAUACAGAUUAAGGUGUGCAUUCAGUUAUCCCAGUGCUAUCUUUUCAUUAAAGUAAUGUAAAAACAAAUACAUUAAAAAAAAAGAAAACCAAAAAACCAAAACAAAAAUAACCACAGAGCUGUUGCAAAUUUUUUAAGGACUGUCUGCUUUAGCUCUACGUUUUUCUUCCUUUUCAAAUGCAUGUUUUCAGUUCAGUCAGAUCACAGGUCUGCAGUAUCUAGUUAAAACAAACCAAAAAUUUCCCUCUCCUUCCAGUAUCAUUGUAAUUUUCUUCUAUUCUGAGUUACAAUCUGUGGAGCAUAUACAGCUCUUAUACAUCUCCUCUAAACACCACAAACAUUAAGUAGCUGAAAUCAUUGUAUCAACUGGAUACAGUUCAAUAAUGCCUGAAAUCUCCUUGUUUGUAGACACAGUUACAUUUAUGCCAAAUUGCAGUCAAUCCUGCAGAGAUGGAAUUGCAUGUUUAUGUUGUAUAUUUAGUAUGGAUUUUUUUUUUUCAGAAUACAAUGUUUCUUAGUUACCAAAAGCAGUUGGAAAUCGUUUGCAAGACUAUGGAUAUAGAAUUGCUGCUUUUAUAUUUUAACUGCAAAUUGUGAAUUUCACUGCCUUAUAUUAUUUAUUUCUGAAAUGAAAGAGGCAUUUUUCAAUAAAACUACUGAAAAUAUA